CACACCACAAACUAAAAAGAGAAAAUAGAAACAACUACACACAACAAAAAACAGAUAGAUACAGAAAUUAUCUCUAUCUCUGAAUAGAAACAAAAAAUGGUUUCAGAUGGUGGUGCAGAAUACUCGAAACGGUUUCUAACGACAUGGUUGAUCGGAGGAUUAGUGGCCGGGAUAUCAUUGGCGGUGGCGUUACGCACCGGUUGGCCGGAAAUAAAUUUAAUAGGAAAAAAGAAGAAGAAAAGGCCGAUACGCGUGUAUAUGGACGGUUGUUUUGAUAUGAUGCAUUAUGGACAUUGUAACGCGCUAAGACAAGCGCGUGCACUUGGAGAUCAAUUAAUUGUUGGCGUUGUUAGUGAUUCUGAAAUUACUGAUAAUAAAGGACCACCUGUUACACCUCUUCAUGAAAGGAUGCUUAUGGUGAGUGCUGUGAAGUGGGUUGAUGAAGUUAUCCCUGAUGCACCUUAUGCUAUAACUGAAGAGUUCAUGAGGAAGCUGUUUGAUGAAUAUAAUAUAGAUUAUAUUAUUCAUGGAGAUGAUCCAUGCAUUCUCCCUGAUGGAACUGAUGCAUAUGCCCUUGCGAAAAAAGCUGGCCGCUAUAAGCAGAUUAAGCGAACAGAAGGCGUAUCAAGCACAGACAUUGUUGGACGGAUGCUUCUUUGUGUAAGGGAGAGGACCAGUUGUGAGAGUCCAAGUCAUGCUUCCUUACAAAGACAAUUUAGCUCUGGCCACAACCAGAAGUAUGAUGAUGGUGGCUCUGGUAGCGGAACUCGUGUGUCUCAUUUUCUUCCAACAUCUCGCAGGAUUGUUCAAUUUUCUAAUGAAAAGGCAGCUGGACCUAAUUCUCGCAUAGUUUAUAUAGAUGGUGCAUUUGAUCUAUUCCAUGCUGGACAUGUGGAGAUCUUAAGACUUGCUCGUGGGCUUGGAGAUUUUUUACUUGUUGGGAUUCACACAGAUCAAACUGUGAGUGCCAAUAGAGGAGUGCACCGUCCAAUCAUGAAUCUCCAUGAACGGAGCCUGAGUGUUUUGGCAUGUCGGUAUGUGGAUGAGGUGAUUAUUGGUGCUCCAUGGGAGGUUUCGAAGGAUAUGAUCACAACCUUUAAUAUCUCUUUGGUUGUCCAUGGGACGGUGGCAGAAGAUGAUGAUUUUGAAAAGGAUAAUCGCGAUCCGUAUGAUGUUCCAAGAAGUAUGGAUAUAUUCAAAGUGUUGGAAAGUCCUCUGGACAUCACUACUAGCACAAUUAUAAAGAGGAUUGUAUCUAAUCACGAGGCUUAUCAGAAACGUAACGAAAGGAAGGGAGAAAGUGAGAGAAGGUACUAUGAGGCUAAGAGUUAUGUGGCAGGUGAUUGAUAUAAACAUACACAUGAAAAUCGGAUUUUAAAAGAUCUGUAUGUAGCUGAGUAGUGAAAAGCUCAUCUUGCCGAAACAAUUUUGUUUUCUUGUUGUUAGGAGAUUGGCAGUUGAAGCUUGACUUAACUGCAUCUAGGAUUUAUGUAGAUUUUUUCAAGGUGUUUCAAGGGGCUAAAAAUUUGUUUUCUAAUCCCCACCGCUGGUGUUGUUUUUGUAAUAGCAUUAACCAAAUAAACCUAUGUCUUCAUGUUAUUAAUGUCUUUUAAUGAAUAUGAUAACUAGGCAACUUCUGCCAUUAUAAGUU